AUGGCGACUCUGGAAGAACUCUUUUCGGCUUUCGGCCGCGGCAAAGAUUUGGACUCCAGAACUUUUGUGAAGCUUUGCAAAGACUGCAAGUUGUUGGGAGGCGGGCUGACUCAGACGGACUGCGACUUGAUCUUCACCAAGUGCAAGGCCAAGGGCGCGGCGCGUCUGACGUUCAGCGAGUUCGAAGCAGCAAUGGAAGCUGUAGCAGCAAAGAAGAAGCUGCCUCUGGCUGCGCUGCUGCAGCAGGUGGGCCCCGGGGGGGGCCCCCAGUUCCAGGGUACUGCAGCAGCAGCUGUGCGUUUCUAUGACGACAAAAGUACCUUCACGGGAGUGCAUGCGCAUGGGGGCCCCUCCACUGUGGACAAAAGGGGAAAGGGUACUUUCAGCGAUCCCGAUCCCAACCAGCCUUCGGGGGCCCCCAAGAUAACUCUGGCGGACAUUUGCGACAGGUCCACUCCAGACGUCAGGGGCGUCAACAAAAACUUCAAGUAG